AUGGAAGAUGGUGAACAACAAGUAAAAAUGAAGUCCUUCAGGGAAGCUCAUAGCCAGACUGAAAAGCGGAGGCGAGAUAAAAUGAAUAACUUGAUUGAAGAACUGUCUGCAAUGAUCCCUCAGUGCAAUCCCGUGGCACGCAAACUGGACAAACUCACAGUUUUAAGAAUGGCUGUGCAACACUUGAAAUCUUUAAAAGGUAUGACAAAUUCUCAUGCGGGACAUACUUAUAGACCCUCAUUUAUUCAGGAUAAUGAGCUCAGACACUUAAUCCUGAAGACUGCAGAAGGCUUCCUACUUGUGGUUGGAUGUGAAAGAGGAAAAAUUCUCUUCGUUUCUAAAUCAGUCUCCAAAAUACUUAAUUAUGAUCAGGCUAGUUUGACUGGACAAAGCUUAUUUGACUUUUUACACCCAAAAGAUGUUGCCAAAGUAAAGGAACAGCUUUCUUCUGCUGAUGUCUCACCAAGAGAGAAGCUAAUAGGUGCCAAAACUGGUUUGCUAGUUCACAGUAAUUUUCACACUGGAAGGACUCGUGUGUAUUCUGGCUCAAGACGAUCCUUUUUCUGUCGGAUAAAGACCUGUAAAAUCUCUGUCAAACAAGAGCAUGAACGCUUACCCAACUCAGAGAAGAAAGAUCAUAGAAAAUUCUGUACUAUUCACUGCACUGGUUACUUGAGAAGCUGGCCUCCAAAUAUUGUUGGAAUGGAAGAAGAAAGGGACAAUAAGAAAGACAGUAGUAAUUUUACCUGCCUUGUUGCCAUUGGAAGAUUACAUCCAUAUAUUGUCCCACAGAACAGUGGAGAGAUUAAAGUGAAACCAACUGAGUUUAUAACCCGUUUUGCAAUAAAUGGAAAAUUUGUCUAUGUGGAUCAAAGGGCAACAGCAAUUUUAGGAUAUCUGCCUCAGGAACUUUUGGGAACUUCUUGUUAUGAAUAUUUUCAUCAAGAUGACCAUAGUAAUUUGACCGACAAGCACAAGGCAGUUCUACAGAGUAAAGAGAAAAUAUUUACAGAUUCAUACAAAUUCAGAGCGAAAGAUGGCUCUUUUGUAACUUUAAAAAGCCAGUGGUUUAGUUUCACAAAUCCUUGGACCAAAGAACUGGAAUAUAUUGUGUCUGUCAACACUUUAGUUUUGGGACAUAGUGAGACUGGAGAAGCAUCAUUACUUCCUUGCAGCUCUCCAUCAUCAAAAGAAUCCUCUAGACAGUCUUGUAUUAGUGUGCCUGGAAUGUCUACUGGAACCGUACUUGGUGCUGGUAGUAUUGGAACAGAUAUUGCCAACGAAGUUCUCGACUUACAAAGGUUACAGUCUUCUUCAUCCCUUGAUGAUUCAAGUCCAACAGAUUUAAUGAAAGAUACUCACACUAUAAACUGCAGAAAUAUGUCAAAUAAGGAGUUGAUUACACUAAGUCCUUCUGAAAUACGGGAGCUAGAGGCUACAAGGCAAAACCAGAACGCUGUUGCUCCCCACAGUCACGAACCACUCCUCAGUGAAGGUGCCCAGCUGGAUUUCGAUGCCCUGUGUGACAAUGACGACACAGCCAUGGCUGCCUUCAUGAAUUACUUAGAAGCAGAGGGGGGCCUAGGAGACCCCGGGGACUUCAGUGACAUCCACUGGACACUCUAGCAUUUGAUUUUUAACUCCAAAAAUGAGAAACGUUUUAAAGCAUUUCAUUUACAAAAAACUGUAUAUUCUUCUGUACUGUAUUGAUACUAUUUCUAUAAUUCCUAUUAAUGGUCUGCCAAUUUUUAUAGAUUUUUUCACCUUACUCUCAGAGAGGUAUAGGGAUAUGUGAUUUUUCCUUCAAAAAGAACUGCUCUGAGUUUCCUGCAGACCUCUUUAUUCAGUGAAAUGGCUUAAAACCCACUAGUUACUAUAUUUUUGCUAAAAUAUUUC